ACUGGUUGUCACCACCCACGCGCAAAGAACGCGGUGACGUCUUAGCGCAUGCGCGAGGAGGUUUAUGGCAGGGGACAAAAGUGGCGCUACAUCGUUCCCAGCUCGAAUCGGGUGGUUUCUUAAGUAAUGGACAGAGGUUUUGUUGAGAGUUUGGAGUCAAGGUCUAUAUCGGAAGGCAACAGAACUACAGGAGCAGGAUCUAUCAUGGCUACAGGCCUUUCUGGUGUGGGUAGUGCUUUUGAAGGGGAGAGUCUUAAGCUGGUUACAAACGAGUUCCCGCACACUUCUGCGGCCACUACAGAUGACGACGACGAUGUUGUGUUUGUUGAACUCUCUCCCUCUGCACAAAACUCCACUCCCACCCCACUUCCAACCAGCACUGCUCCCCCAGCACCCCCUGCUCCCCAAGCUCCACUUGAGGUUUUUCCUAGCGUGGAGACAACAAAAAUACUUUCUCAUCCAAAGGAAGCCGUGACACCUUCUGUGGACAGUCUCGCUGAGCCCAUCGUAAUUGAUGAUGAGGAGGAUGCAGACUUGGAACAAUCUGUCACCCAUGUGUCGAGCAAAGGGACUUUCCCAGAACCUAAUGGAACUUCCAAGACGGACAUAGUGGGUUCUUCCUGCAACAAAUUGGGGUCUCCGCAGACCCACACUGUCAUGAGCACUGAGCCUGACUCAGAAAUCAAGAUUGCCAACGUCACAACGCUUGACAUGGCUUCCAUGCUUACCAGUAGUGUCCAGGGUCCUCUUGCUCCAUCUGUUACCACUGAAGGACCGCUGGACAUGAACUUGAUGAUAACCAGUGUAACCUCACUGCAAAAUGCCAGCCUGCGAGAGGUGGGGAAUGGUCCACAGAUUGGUAGCACGUUCAGUUUAAACCCAGAAGUCCAAAAUGCACCUGCCACGACCCAUACUGAUGUCAACAGGCCUGGGGUUCACUCUGGUGCUGGAACUUUUAACCCAGGGAGAAUAGGUACAACUGGAGAGGCAGUCCAGAAUGGAGAAUCUGGGACCCAUCAAAGGCCUGAUUCAUGGAUAUCCCAGUCAGCCUCUUUCCCACGAAAUCCAAAACAGCCAGGUGACGAUUCCAUGUCUCCAGCGGCUUCCUUGCCCAAAUCAGUCUUCCAAACACCUGCAUCCCAACAACCAGCUAAACCUGUGAAAGUUACCUGCGCUAACUGUAAAAAACCGUUAAGGAAAGGGCAAACAGCCUAUCAGAGGAAAGGGUCUGCCCAUCUGUUCUGUUCUACUACCUGCCUGUCAGCAUUUUCCCAUAAGCCUGCCCCCAAGAAAAACUGCACCAUGUGCAAAAAGGAUAUUACAAGCAUGAAAGGAACAAUUGUUGCUCAGGUAGAUUCAAGUGAGUCCUUUCAGGAGUUCUGCAGUCCCACCUGUUUGUCAUCAUAUGAAAAUAAGCAGAAUCCUGCCAAACCCCCUAUCAAGACAAGAUGCACCGUCUGUGGAAAGUUAACCGAGAUUCGCCAUGAAGUUAGCUUCAAAAAUGUGACACAUAAGAUCUGCAGCGAUCACUGCUUUAACAGAUACCGGAUGGCAAAUGGCCUUGUUAUGAAUUGCUGUGAGCAAUGUGGGGAGCACCUGCAGACAAAGUCAGCAGCUAACCAUUUCCUUAUAAUUGAUGGGCAGCAGAAAAGAUUUUGUUGCCAAAACUGUGUCAAAGAUUAUAAACAGGCACAUGGCAAAAUAACAUGCUGUACUGGAUGCAGAACUCCAUGUAGAUUGUUUGACAUUACUCAUUGCAUAGGACCCAAUGGCAACAUGGAGCCAUACUGUUCAACAGCAUGCAUGAACUCGAACAAGUCAAAGAACUCCAGACCUGCAGGUAUUGGUACAGCACCGACUUGCCAUUUUUGUAAAAGAAGUGCAUUACCUCAAUUUCAAGCCACAAUGCCCGAUGGGAAGCUGUAUAACUUCUGCAGCUCUGAAUGUGUGGCUAAAUUUCAGGCAAUUGGUGUCCAGUCUUCAACAAAUGGACAGACUACACCUCCCCAGAAUGAUAUCCAUUUAAAAUGUAAUUAUUGUAAAGGAUCAUUCAGUAUUAAACCGGAAACAUUGGAAUGGGAGAAUAAAGUGUACCAGUUUUGCAGUAAAACCUGUUGUGAGGACUACAAAAAGCUGCACUGUAUUGUUACAUACUGUGAAUACUGUCAAGAAGAGAAGACUCUUCAUGAAACCGUGAAAUUCUCAGGAGUUAAGAAACCUUUCUGCAGUGAGGGGUGCAAGCUGCUCUUUAAGCAGGAAUUUGCAAGACGUCUAGGCCUGAAAUGUGUAAGUUGCAACUACUGCUCCCAGAUGUGCAAGAGGGCUGCAACAAAAGAACUUGGGGGUGUUAUAAGAGACUUUUGCAGUGAAGUCUGCUCCAAGAAGUUUACAGAUUGGUAUAAUAAGGCUGCUCGGUGUGACUGUUGCAAAGUCCAAGGGAACCUUACGGAGUCGGUGCAGUGGCGAGCAGAAAUGAAACGCUUCUGUGAUCAGCUGUGCUUGUUGCGCUUUUAUUGUCAACAAAAUGUACCCAACAUGUCCACCCAGAGAGGCCCUGAAAACAUGUGCUUUGGUCAGGGAAAUCAAAGCGGAUCAAAGGCUACAAUAUCGCAUCAUACCUCGUCUGUGUCCUCUCAUUCUACAUCUCCUUUAAAGGAUAUGAAGAAUAAGUCUAUACUCUGCAAACCUUUGACAAUGACAAAAGCCACAUACUGUAAACCACACAUGCAGACAAAGUCAUGUCAGACAGAAGAAGAGGUAAAGACUAAAUAUAUUCCAGUUCCCAUUCCAGUACCAGUGUAUAUCCCAGUACCUGUUCAUUUGUAUAGCCAGAAUACACCUGUUCCACUGACUUUACCUGUUCCGGUUCCUGUUCCAGUGUUUCUACCGACAACACUGGAUAGUGCAGAAAAGAUUGUGCAGACCAUAGACGAGUUAAGGGCAAAGAUUCCUUCAGAUCCCCUGGAAGCUGAUAUUUUGGCAAUGGCAGAAAUGAUAGCUGAGGCUGAUGAGAAAGAAGACUGUGCAGGUAUUAGUUAUCCCACAACCUUGUCUGCAGAUGUGAAGAGUGAAGUGGAUGGCAUUGGGGAGAAAGUGAAGUCAACUUCAACAGAUAAUUUAUAUGAACCUGAGUUGGACUUGGAAACUGAUUUUCCAAAAGUUGCAGAAGAGCUUAAAACUGAAAUUGCAUUCAUGUUGCCUCAAGUUUUGGGAGAAGAGAACGAAGAAAAGGAAGAGAAGCCUCGACCUCAAGUAAAGAAGAAGGGAAGUAAAAGAGGAGCAAUUUUAUGUAGCAAUUCCCAAGUUGGAAAACCAGACACACCAGAAAGUGGAUUUGCCUUGAAGUCUACCUAUGGGAUUAAUGCAUGGAAGCGAUGGAUUUUAACUCAAAAUGAAGCCGACGAGGACAAAAAACAAAAAGAUGAAGUUAAACAUACAAAGCCAGUAAGGUUAAAAAUGGAUCUGCUCUCACAUACAGCAGCCGAGUUAAACUACGGGUUAUCUCACUUUGUCCGUGAGGUUCGGAGGCCGAAUGGGGAGUGCUAUUCACCAGAUAGCAUUUAUUAUCUUUGUCUUGGCAUCCAACAGCACCUGUAUGUAAAUGGGAGAGCUGACAACAUAUUCAGUGAUCCUUGUUACCAGAUGUUUGGACAGGAAUUAAACAGAAUCUUCAAGGACUGGCAUCCAAGUGUGCUUCCGGAUGGUUCAAUUUUCAGUAGAAUUGAGGAGGAAUAUCUGUGGAGCUGUAAACAGUUUGGAGAACACUCCCCUAUGGUUUUGCUUAGUACUCUAGUAUACUUUAACACUAAGUAUUUUGGUUUGAGAACAGUGGAUCAGCACUUAAGACUUUCGUUUGGGAAUGUGUUUCGGCAAUGGAGGAAGAAUCCUCAUACAAAAGAGAGUACAGUGUGCAUUCGAGUACACUCUGUUUCUGAAGAGCUAGAUAAAACUGCAACAAGAAAGAGAAAACAUAAAGAUGAUGAAGAUCCUGAUUACGAGCCUGAAGGAAACUCUGCAAGUCUAUCUUGGUGUCCUGCCAAAAAGCGUGAAAGCCACUUGUAUGAGCUGUACCUCUCUAAGUGUCCUGAAAGUCUUAAGCCGAGAAUGGAUUUGUUUUAUAUGAAGCCAGAAAGCUCCAGCUCACCGGAUAGUCCAUUAUGGUACACCACCACAUCCCUGGACAGGAACACUUUGGAAAGCCUGCUUACACGCAUUCUUUUAAUAAGGGACAUUUACGAUGAAAGAGACACUUCAUUAGAUGAAGAAGAUUAAUCUUCAAGACUCUUUCAGUCAUACUGGAAUAUACAGCAUUAAAUGAAAUGCUGCGAACUAGGAAAAAAAUGUACACAAAUUGAAAUGAUCCUCCGCUCAUACAUCUGUAGCAUUAUGCCCAGAUUGGGCUCUGUUCUGUAAAUUAAAUUUUUUGAGUGAAGGAGAAGGUUGAUGUUAUCUACGUAGUGAUUUUAGCAAACUAAAUACUCGCUCAUGAAAGCCUUUUUUUAAAAUUAUUUAUUGAUUUAUUACAGAAUCUGUAUGGGACUGUGCCAUGUCUAAUCCACCAACCCCCCUGCCCCCCAUUAAGAACAUUUAAAUGUUGCGGCAGCUGCAUUGUUUAAAAGUUUCUCUCUUGCAGGAAAAUGUGGCGCUUGUUUUUCUUUUCUUUUUUUUGCUGGGUCCUUUAUAUCAGAAGGAUAAUGUAAUACAGACUUUACUUUAGCACUAUUAAAGAAAUUUAGAACACUUUCUGUUCAUGUUGUGUUCUUAUGAGAUAACAUGUUCCUUGAGGGUGUUUUUUGGAAACAUAGGGGUCAAUUAUUAAAUCGUUUAACUGCUGUUUUUGUGUAAUUUAAUCAUGCCCAUAAGGACAGUCUGUGUGGUUUUGUAAAUUCAGUGACAACUUUAACAGCUGAUCUCUUAAACCAUUAAAGAUAAAUAACUAAUA